GACUGAUCGCCUUUUUCAGCACAGGGCUGAACUGCCCAAUACAUCGUCAUUAUGAGUCUUGUGCGCAUGCUGCUCGACCUGUCCAUCGUAGCAUGGCCUCUCCUCCCACCAAACGCGUUUCACGGCACGGACGAAGAGAUAGAUGACUUCACCUUCAAGCUUGCUGAAAGUAAACUCGUUGAGCUGACAGCUAUUUCCACGACUUCUUGCUUAAUCGCUGGUAUCGUAGCUGCCAUAUACUCUUGGCCCAUCUAUUCUACCUCCCCUUGGCCAGUAAAGACAUUCUACGGGCCUGCGUUCAUAUUUUCGCUCGUAUUGAUCCACAAGGUGCUUCAACAAAACUACAUUCUCCGGCGAUUGGAGUUGCACAACAGUGGUAGCAGGACUGAGGCCGGAGACAAAGUCCGGCGCCAGCUCGCAAAGCAAGAUCUCAACGGACGAUGGGUGCCAAGCUUCAGGCGUCAAAUGUGGUGGAACUCUUCGACCCUAUUCUUAAAUCUGUCCAUCAUCUUACUGUUAGCGGGGUACGGAUGUACGAUCAUAUCGGCCCACGCUUGAUGUCAAACGUGACGAGAGCCAUCCUGGUACGAUAGUAUGUUUGCUGGUACAUUGAAGAUAUAUGCUGGCGCUGCCUUCGAUGUUAAUCGCUCACUGUUUAGAUCGCCAUGGGUCUGAUAAACAUCAGCUUUAUAUCCAUGGUACACUACGUAAGUUCUGGGGCGGUUAUCUACACACAAUACAUAACAAGUGCGAACGGACAAGCAGUUGGUCGCGCACUGAGGUAGAGUCCAGAACCGAGCUUCAGUAUAUCACACGUUCGUCGAGCGUGAGUUCUGCGGCUGCACCAUAGUCUACAACGUGGGUGGCUUGGUGUG